AGAAGAGAACCUUUGACCCGGAAGUACUCUUCCUUUGCCAGCCCACCUCCUGGUGACCUCCUGGCUUGUAGACGGCUUGUUUUCGUGUUGUGUGUGUUCUUAGUAAAAAUGUUGCGACAUGUGUGACGUGAUCAGUCUGGCGCCGAGGAAAGAGUCACUGCAGACCGCGAGGCUGUUGUUUGAGCGCUGUAAUGACGUCAUACCAAGUGAUGUCACUGUUGCGAGGUUUGGGUACGACGGCGCUCACGACCUUCUUUCAAGCAUCCCAGCAGGCCGGAACAUGGGUACGCCUCCCAGGGCUUCGCCCCAUGGCCACCCUCAACCAGAUGCACCGGCAGAGCAAGCCCAAGGCGGCAGCCAAAGCGCUGGGCGCCACCUUUGGCCGCCCGCAGAUCCAGGCAGUAGUCCUCAAGACCAUGAUCCGCAAGCCCAAAAAACCCAACUCGGCUAACAGGAAGUGCGCCCGCGUGCGCCUGGCCAACGGCAAGGAGGCAGUGGCCUUCAUCCCAGGCGAGGGCCACAACCUGCAGGAGCACAACGUGGUCCUGGUGCAGGGUGGACGCACGCAAGACCUGCCCGGCGUCAAGCUCACCGUCGUACGGGGCAAAUACGACUGCGCGCACGUUGUCAAGAAGAAACAGUGAAGACACCUGUCAAGUCUCUCUGUCUAGCAUGUGACCUGUAAAGGUCAAAGGUUGUUUCAGGUUCAUCAGGACAUUUCGGACCGCACAAACAUUUGGCGAGCGUCCUCAAGAAAUAACAGACAUUAAGUACACAUUUGCACAAACACUUCGUCUCCGUGUGCUUGCGACAUUGCUGCUGUCUGUUGCCGUCUGUUGCCUUGACAACAGUCACACGGCAUACCUUAUUUUUGCCAGCACUAAUAAAAGCGCCAUCCGCCCCUUGCA